AUGGUUGCCCUGCUGCCCACCCCAUGCAGCCAGUUCCUCUGGAGCCCACCGGACCAGUAUCGGAGCAUCAAGGUCCUACUGGGCACCAGCACUGGGAUCCUCUUCGGCCUGGGGCUCUGCCAGCUCCUCGUUAUUCCCCUGAACAUCCCAGAGAUGCGCAAGGUGCAGAUCUCCUGCGGGGUGGCAGGGGUGACAGCCUUCGGCUGGGCCACAUCUCCCCACUUCCGUUGUGCCAGCCUGCUCCUGGCCCCCAAAUUCAUGGGCAAGGAGGGCCGGGUCUACGUCCUCUCCUUUGUCCUCGCAUCCAUCUACAACGGGCCUGUGGCCAAUAUCUGGCACAACCUGGAGGAGGUGACGCGCUCGAUGGGCUGCGUGACAGAGCUGCAGAUCAACCACACCCGCCACCUCUGGCGCAUGUCCACAGCCCCCCUGCGCAGGGCCAUGGAGGACAUUGUGCGGAGCGGGAAGACACUGAACACUGAGGCACAGAAUGUCUCAAACUCCUUUGUGGAUCUGAACGACGAAGUGGCCAGCGAUGCGGGCUACGACCUGGCCAAGAAACAAGACUCCAAGCGGGCCUCCAGCACCCAGAAGCGCUUCGAGAUGAAAACCAAAAUGCGCUGCAACUAUUUGGUCGACGUGGGCAUGCAGCGCUGCCGGAACUGGUUCGACGAGAAGUACAAGGCCUGCAUGGAUGCCGUGUACAUCCCCAUCAUCAACAACAUCCUCUGCCUGCCCAUGCAGUUCAAGUUCCUCUGCCACCUUGCCAAGGUCAUGCAGGCCUGGUGCUGGGAGAGGAUCCCCGUGGAAGGCAACUUUGGGCACAUGUAUGACAAGGUGAACGACUCUGUGGGCAACCUCAGUGAGGAAUUCAGUGCCAGUGUUUACUCUCAGGAGGUGCACCGUGACAUGCUGAUGGGCAUCAAUGUGUCAGCAGAGCAGCUAGUGGAGGAUGUGACUGGGCACUUGCGGCAGCAGGGUGCCCGCCUAGACCGGGCCUUCACCUUCUUCCGCCUGGUGCUCUCCUGCACCUUCCUCCUCGUCUUCCUCUCGGCCUUCUCCUACACCAAGCGGUACUGCGGGGACAUCUGCUUUGACAACCUCUACAUCACCACCUACUUUCGCCAAAUUGAUGCCCGCCGCAGAAAGCAGAACAAGCGGACGCUGCUGCCUCUGCGCCGGGCAGAGGUCUCAGCUGUCAUCUUCCCGUGCCGCCUGGCCAUGCAGUCAGCCGAGCUGCAGAACAUGUUGCUGGAGCUUCUGGAGUGCAUCCCGCCUCUGCUCCUCCUCCUUCUCGCCUGCGGCCUGGACUACACGCUCUUCACCACACUCAGCGUCAUCCAGCAGCACUCCUUCGUCCAGUACUCCUACCACAGCAGUCACCACCUGGCAGUGCACGUGACAGGGAUGUCGCUGAUGGCUAAGCUCCUGCGAAGCACCAUCGGGGCCCUCAACACCUCCUCCAACACCCAGCUGGAGGCGUCCAACUUCGCCUGCCUGCCGCAGCCCCGGGGCAUGACGAGGCAGCAGUACCUGGGCAGCUGCCUGCCCCUGGUCGUGCUGGUGGUGCUCUGCCUGGCCCAGGUCUACACGUACCGGCUGCGCCGCACCAUCGCUGCCUUCUACUUCCCCAAGCGGGAGAAGAAGCGGGUGCUCUACCUCUACAACAAGCUGCUGCAGCAGCGGCAGAGCUUCGUCCAGCGGCAGCAGAAGCGCAUCGCCUGGCGAGCACGGCAGCCGCCGGGGCUGGGGAUGUUGGUGGUGAAGUGGUGCUGCCAGCGCUGCCCUUGGCUGAGCCGCUGGAAGCGCCAGAGGUGCACGGUGUGCGGGACCCCCGAGAGCCCCCGGGACCGCGUCUGCCCCGCGCCUGCCUGCGGUGCCCGGUUCUGCGGCCCGUGCUGGAGGGAGGCAGGCGGCGUGUGCCUGGCCUGCGGCCCUGAGGACGACGGCUUCUUCGACGACAGCAGUGACGAGGACGUGGAGUACGCGGCCUGA